GGGAGCGCGGGCGCUUCUAUCCCGGAGCGCGGUCGGGAUUGGAACUGCAGGGGUGGGAGGGGAGCGUGCGAGCGGGAUCCCGAGCCGCGGAGCACGCUGCCCCUCGCUCCGCCGCGGAUGACUCCGGAGCUCGGGUCCAAGCGCCGCCCAUGCAGCAUCCCUGCGCUCCGCCAACCGAGAGUUGAUGAUAAAACACUUAACCGUCUCCGCUGCGGGGAGCCAUGAGCUGUCUGGAUGUUAUGUACCAAGUCUACGGUCCUCCCCAGCCUUACUUCGCAGCCGCCUACACCCCCUACCACCAGAAACUAGCCUAUUACUCCAAAAUGCAGGAAGCCCAGGAGUGCAACACCAGCCCCACCAACAGCAGCGGCAGCGGCAGCUCCUUUUCCAGCCAAACUCCGGCCAGUAUAAAAGAGGAAGAAGGCAGCCCGGAGAAAGAGCGCCCACCAGAGGCGGAGUACAUCAACUCCCGCUGCGUCCUCUUCACCUAUUUCCAGGGGGACAUCAGUUCCGUGGUGGACGAGCACUUCAGCCGGGCCCUGAGCCAGCCUAGCAGUUAUUCCCCAAGCUGUACAAACAGCAAAACACCGAGGAGCUCUGGGCCCUGGCGGGACGGCUCCUUCCCGAUGAGCCAGCGCAGCUUCCCCGCCUCCUUCUGGAACAGCGCGUACCAAGCGCCGAUGCCCGCGCCCCUGGGCAGCCCGCUGGCCGCCGCGCACUCGGAGCUGCCUUUCGCCGCCGGCGACCCCUACGCGCCGGCCGCGCUGCACAGCCACCUGCACCAGGGUGCGGGCGAGCCCUGGCACCACUGGGCUGCGCCCGGGGGACCCUUCGCGAGCCCCACGGGGGACGUGGCCCAGGGUCUGGGCCUCAGCGUGGAUUCAGCUCGUCGGUACUCCCUCUGUGGAGCAUCCCUCCUGAGCUGAUCUGCUGACCCAGGGUUUCCCCUCCCCUUUCCCUUCUGACCAGCCACGGAGGCUCCGCAUCUCUGCCUCUCACUUCAUGGAUCAGGACAUGGGGGAAGGCAGAGACUUCAAACGUCUCCGUGUAUUGGGAAAACCAAAACACACAUCGACAGAAAUUUCAUCUCAAAAUAAUUCCUUCUGCCGAAAGAGCAGAUCCAAAGACUCUCAAUUAUGUUUAACAACUUCUGGGCAAACCACUGGAAUUAUCUGUGGUGAGAUCACUUAGGUGGUAUGAUAUAAGUUUUCUUGGAAAGAGGGAAAGAAAAAGACUUUUUAGUGUGAAUAUUUUUUAUGCUGAUGUGAAUUAUUUCAUUAAGUAGUGUGAUCAUAGCACUACUGUUGUCAAUAUCCUCAGAUUGUAUUUGUAUUUGUAUUUGCAUUGAAGACUGUGGUAGAGAAGUAAAAAGAAGCCUAUUCCUUCUUCCUCACCUCGUAGCCUCCAGCCCCCUUCCUGCUCACUCCCUCCCUACAACACCCACUGCAGACACAAAGACACACUUUUUCCUUUGGACUGUGAACAUGGAAGCCUCAGCAUGAAUGUGAGUGGCAAGUGGCUUAUCAGGAGCCACCUGCCCAAGUCUUACUGAAAUGCAGCUGUUGUGGGACAACUGUUUAAAACUCCAGAAAUACAUCGACCAAGGUGGCACUUCCCAGUGUUUGGCACAACAAUUGCAAUUGCACUGGAUAUAUUUUAUAUAUAUGUGUGUGUGUAUAUAUCAUAUUUUUCACAAGGAACAUUUUAUGAUGGAAGAAGAAACCCUUCUCUGCCUUCUCUCCCACAAAUUCUGUCCAUCCUUCUAUCCUCCUGUGGAUGAAAAAAGCAACAAGAGGCCCCAGCUCUCUCCAGGAAGAAGAGCUAGGAAUCAACACAAGGAGAAGAAGUGUCCAUGGAGUCUCCAAUACCUCA